AUGGCCUCGGCCCCCUUCCCGCCCGUCGCGGCGUCGGCGGCCUCCGCGCCGCCGCGCCUGGCCCCGCGCCACCCCUUCGCCGCCGCCGCCGCCGCGCGCCGCUCCUCGCUCUCGUUCCGCCCCGCCGCGCCGCGCCGGCCCGUUCUCCUCCGGCCCCGCUCCUUCGCCGUCGCGGCUAACACCCUCCGCUGCACGCACCGCCGCGCCGUCUCGCCCAGGUCGAGGAGACGCGCGCAGGGGCUCGGCGCGGCGUCCGCGUUGGCUGCGUCGGCCUGGGGCGCCGGCGAGGAGAAGGGCGGUUGCCUCUCGUGCUUCCCUAAGAGCAGGCGGGGCAGGUCGGGGCUCGCGAGGUUCGCGCCGUGCGCGCUCCCGCACGCCUCGGGAGUAUCGUUUCGCAGCCGGUUGAGCGGGUCCAAGGUCAGGCCUAGCCAUAUAUUGCGCGCCGCUGGACCUGAUGAACCACAUGUUGCAAGUCCAACAUGGUCUGACACUUCCCUUGAUACAUCUGACAUGGAUCAUGCUAUUAGUAAGGAGGAGCUUGAAGAUGUUCUCAACACGCCGCUUCCUGAGCAUCCAAAACUAAUUCGUGGGCAAUUGAAGAAUGGCCUUCGGUAUCUUAUUUUGCCAAAUAAAGUUCCAGCAAACAGGUUUGAGGCUCACAUGGAAGUUCACGUUGGAUCAAUUGAUGAGGAGGAGGACGAGCAGGGAAUUGCACAUAUGAUUGAACAUGUCGCGUUUCUUGGCAGUAAAAAACGUGAAAAGCUUUUGGGGACCGGUGCGAGGUCUAAUGCAUAUACAGACUUCCACCAUACUGUGUUUCAUAUCCACUCUCCAACUAAAACAAAGGAAUAUGGUGAAGACUUACUCCCUUCUGUGUUGGAUGCAUUGAAUGAGAUAGCUUUUCAUCCAAAGUUUUCUUCAUCUCGUGUUGAGAAGGAGAGAAGAGCAAUUCUUUCUGAGCUCCAGAUGAUGAACACAAUAGAGUAUCGCGUUGAUUGCCAGUUGUUGCAACAUCUGCACUCAGAAAACAAACUGAGCAACAGAUUUCCUAUUGGACUUGAAGAGCAAAUACAUAAAUGGGACCCUGAUAAGAUCCGCAGAUUUCACGAGCGUUGGUACUAUCCUGCUAAUGCCACUUUAUAUCUGGUGGGGGAAAUUGAUGAUAUUCCUAGAGCUGUGCGGGAAAUAGAGGCUGUAUUUGAACACACUCUUUCAGAAAAUGAAGGAAACCUUGUACCGAGCUCUAGUCCAUUUGGUGCUAUGGCAAGCCUUUUUGCACCAAAGCUCCCAGGUGGCUUUGCUGCAAACCUAUCUGGUGAAAAAUCACCUGCCACAGAUAAAAUAAAGCCUGUAAAAAGGGAAAGACAAGCAGUUAGACCACCUGUAGAGCAUAAGUGGUCCCUUCCUGGUGUUGCUCAGGAUGCCAAACCCCCAGCAAUUUUUCAGCACGAGUUGAUUCAGAGUUUCUCUAUCAACAUGUUCUGUAAGAUACCUGUCAGCAAAGUUCAGACCUACAAGGACCUUCGUAGUGUACUCAUGAAAAGGAUAUUUUUGUCUGCCCUACAUUUUCGAAUCAAUACAAGAUACAAGAGCUCAAACCCUCCUUUUACGUCAGUUGAGCUGGACCACAGUGACUCUGGAAGGGAAGGGUGCACGGUCACUACUCUUACAGUAACUGCUGAACCCCAAAAUUGGAGAAGUGCAAUCAAAGUUGCUGUUCACGAGGUGCGAAGACUGAAAGAAUUUGGUGUUACAAUGGGAGAAAUGACCCGUUACAUGGACGCCUUAAUAAAAGAUAGUGAGCAGUUGGCUAUGAUGAUUGACAGUGUUCCCUCAGUCGACAACUUGGACUUCGUCAUGGAGAGUGAUGCACUUGGCCACACUGUCAUGGAUCAAUUGCAGGGACAUGAAAGUUUGCUUGGAGUUGCUGAAACUGUUACCCUUGAAGAGGUCAACACUGUUGGCGCGGAAGUACUGGAAUUCAUUUCGGAUUUUGGAAAACCCAAUGCACCCCUUCCUGCUGCUAUUGUGGCAUGUGUCCCCAGAAUGGUGCAUGUUGAUGACGUAGGUGAAACUGAAUUUGAGAUAUAUCCAGAAGAAAUCACAGAGGCCAUCAAGGCAGGUCUUGAGGAACCUAUUUACCCAGAGCCUGAGCUUGAGGUGCCAAAGGAAUUGAUCACCCAAUCAGAGCUCGAUGAACUGAAAUUGCAACACAAACCGUCAUUUGUUCCUUUAACCAAAGAGGAGAAUGUGGUGAAAGUGUUUGACAGUGAAACUGGUAUAGCACAACGCCGUCUUUCUAAUGGAAUUUCUGUCAACUACAAGAUCACACAAAAUGAAGCAAGGGUUGGUGUCAUGCGGCUCAUAGUAGGCGGAGGGAGAGCAACAGAAGAUUCUGAAUCAAAGGGAUCUGUCAUUGUUGGUGUUCGUACCCUGAGUGAAGGUGGCUGUGUUGGUAACUUUUCUAGGGAACAGGUUGAACUUUUCUGUGUGAAUAAUCUUAUCAACUGCUCACUGGAAUCAAACGAGGAAUUCAUAUUUAUGGAAUUUAGAUUUGCUUUAAGAGACAACGGCAUGCGUGCUGCUUUCCAACUCCUUCAUAUGGUCCUCGAGCAUAAUGUGUGGCUAGAAGAUGCAUUCGACAGAGCAACUCAGUUAUAUCUGUCUUACUAUCGCUCUAUCCCCAAAAGUUUGGAACGUUCUACAGCUCAUAAGCUUAUGUUAGCCAUGCUAAACCAUGAUGAAAGGUUUGUAGAGCCUUCACCACAUUCGUUGCAGAAAUUGACUCUUCAGUCAGUUAAAGAUGCUGUCAUGAACCAGUUUGUGGGUGGCAAUAUGGAGGUCAGCAUUGUUGGUGAUUUCACUGAGGAAGAAGUAGAAUCUUGUGUUCUUGAUUAUCUUGGGACUGUGAGGGCUGCAAGUUCUCCAAACACAGAGGAGCGUAUUGAAAAGAUUUCCUUCCGACCGUUUCCAUCAGAUGUUCAUUUCCAGCAAGUAUACAUGAAGGACACAGAUGAGAGAGCCUGUGCGUAUAUUGCAGGCCCUGCUCCUAACCGUUGGGGAUUCGCUACUGAAGGAAAUGACCUAUUUAAUGUUAUUCAGAGAUCUGAUGCUGAUGCAGAAAUAUCUGAGCAAGUAAACUUGGAUCUAACAGGGAAGAGACGCAUCGAUGUUCGCAGCCACCCUCUUUUCUUUGGCAUCACUUUGAGUCUGCUUGCUGAAAUUAUCAAUUCUAGGUUAUUUACUACAGUUCGAGAUUCCAUGGGAUUAACAUAUGAUGUUUCUUUUGAAUUAAACCUUUUUGACAAAUUGGAUCUUGGUUGGUAUGUGAUCGCGGUGACUUCAACUCCGAGCAAGGUCCAUAAAGCUGUUGAUGCUUGCAAAGGUGUUCUGAGAGGAUUACAUAGUAGCCGAAUUGUGGAAAGGGAGCUCGACCGGGCAAAGAGGACGCUGUUGAUGAAACAUGAGGCUGAGACGAAGACAAAUGCCUACUGGCUUGGUUUGCUAGCCCAUCUACAGUCUUCGUCUGUACCAAGAAAGGAUGUAUCAUGCAUCAAGGAAUUGACGACGUUAUAUGAAAGUGCCACGAUUGAGGAUCUGUAUCUUGCAUAUGAGCAUCUGAAAGUUGACGAUUCUUCUUUGUUUGCUUGCAUUGGGAUUGCUGGCGCUGAAGCUGGUGAAGAUACAAAUGAUGAGGAGCCUGAUAUGGAUCUUCAUGGCAUGGCUCCCAUGGGAGGCCGGGGGUUUUCAACAAUGACCAGACCAACCACAUGA